AAUAUAAUUAAACGAUAAUAUUUUUUUUCCUAAUGAGUCAAAUAAGUAUAGUUUUAAAAUGGAGGUUAAUCUAAAAACUGUUUCGAAUAGUGUCGAUAGCAGUGAAAAAUAUGCAGCAGAUUUGGAACAAGCCCUUUCAGUGGCAGGUGUGGGCUGGUACAACAUCAAGUAUUGCUUAGUGCUGGCCCUGUUCCUAAUAUCGGCUAUAAUCGAGACGAUGGGAUACGCGUACUUGCUACCUGCCGCUAAGUGCGACCUGGAGAUGUCAGAUGCACAACGGGGAAUCAUCGCCUCUCUACCGUACUUAGCGAUUAUCGUGACUUCAUUCCCUUGGGGCUACCUCGUGGACAUGCGAGGCCGUAAGACCGUGGUCAUCUACAGCUCCUUUCUUUGCGGAGCCUUCGGAGUACUCUCGGCCUUCAUGCCCGAGCUCAUCAGCUUUACCACAUGCAAGUUCCUCGCAUCAGUAUGUAUGGCAUGUCCGGCAGCAGCACCAUAUACUUUCAUCGGCGAGAUUCUUCCCCAGAAACAUAGGGACUUGGCUCUCUCCAUCACGAAUGCUAUGCAGACCCUAGGAUCCGCUUUAGUACCUUUACUAGCCUGGGGCAUCAUUCCGCUGCCCUUCAGAGUUGAGUUUGGCGUGUACACAUUUCGCUCGUGGCGAGUUCUGGUUAUCGUGUAUUCGUCAUUCUUCAUCAUAGCCGCUUUCUUAAUGACGUUCGGCCCCGAGAGCCCCAAGUAUUUGGUUUCACAAGGGAGAUAUGACGAGGCUCUGGCAGUCCUAGAGACAAUGUACGCUGCGAAUAAAGGAAAGUCGAAGACGGAAUUUCCGAUCAAGAUGCUUAAAGUUGUCGAAGACUCUAAGAAAGAAAAGGUCGGUUUCUUCACCUCACUUAAGGUUCAGUCCUUGCCUCUAAUGAGACCACCAUACGCAAAAUGGAUGGCUCUAAAUGGCUUCCUACUGUUCGGAGUGUUUUCUACUUUAAACGGUCUCUACAUGUGGAUUCCGGAUAUCCUGAACAGGGUGCUCAGUCAGGGUCGCGACGGAGUCACAGCCUGUGAAGUUAUCGCCCAAAGACUUAAUGAGACUCAUGAAGAAGCAGUUUGUGACGACAGCAUAGACCAACUUACAUUCUUUGUAAAUUCAAUAGCCAGCCUCUCUUGUGCCGUCAUAGCUUUACUUGUCAGUUGCACGCUUAAGAUCAUUGGCAAGAAAGUGCUUCUAGUACUAAUCUACUUCAUUAUGGGCUCUUUCUGCAUAUCCGUCAACUUUAUUAGAACGAGUAUGGUGUUCGCGGUCUUGCUGUCAGCUAUGCAGAUUGUAGCUGUUGCUGUUGGGCCAGUCAAUGCCUAUGCGGUGGAAAUAUUUCCUACUCAUUUGAGGGGUAUGGCGGUGAGCCUGGCGAUCAUGCUGGGCCGAAUCGGGUCAGUGGUCGGUACAAACCUCGCGGGGCUCCUCAUAAAUGCCUCAUGCGAAUCCACCUUCUACUUUUUUGGUGGAUUGUUGUUGGUUUGCGGCUUCAUGGCAUUCCUGUUACCGAGAGCACAAAGUAAAAUAUGUUGCUUCUAAAGAGUAUGGUUCUAAUGACUGUUAUUGAUG